GAGAUACUGAGUCAUCAAGCUUAUUUUACUAAAUGUCUGGACAAGAGUUAUCCGCGCACAAACUGCCAUUGUCUAUCACUGUUCAGCCAUUGGAAAGGAAUGCAUUCCUACCAUACGGGGAUGUUAUUGACGCUGGCAGUCAGAUAACAAGUGAUGUUGCUAACCAGGGAACUGCAAAACGAUUCAAUCACCUUACAUCAUUUGUGAAUAUGAGAACGGCAUCUCAAACUCCAAAGCUUCAUCAGCAACUGCCACCAUCACUUACUCAGCCAGCUGCUACUCCCAAUUUGUGUAUUUUCCAAACGCAGCCCGCAACCAUGCCCUUUUCCAUAAAACUUCUUGAAAGACAUAAAUAUUCUACACAGAUGUUCAUUCCAAUGGUGCAACCUACCAAAGAGAUGUUUUUGACAAUGAAUGCUAUUCCAAGUUACUACGUGAUUGUCGCCCUCAAUGAUCCAAUUACGGAUAAACCAGACUGGUCUACUCUUUGUGCUUUUCAAGCUACUACAGUUCAGGCAUUCAACUACAAUGCUGGGGUCUGGCACCAUCCAAUGGUGGGAUUGGGUAGCACGAUUGAUUUUGUAUGUCUUGUUUGGGAAAGACGAGAAUUUCAGACAGAACAAGAUGAAGAUACAGAGGAAGUACAUUUAGCUGCUAAUGAAUAUAUUUUAUUGCAACCGUAUUCACCUAAAAUGGAACACUCUUCUGUAUCUAUCUUGCAGUGA